CGCAGCUAUUUAAAACAAAAACUAGAUCCAGACCCUUCAAAAAAUUACUCCGUAUGUUUCAGCGCGGCUUUUUAACUUUCGAGAGUCUCAUUUUCUCUUCUCAGUCACUCGCUUUUCAACACUUUUGAUGACUUCUUGAUUUUCCGUAGCUUAGAAAAAAGUUUUUAUUAUAGCCCUACUUGGUAACCUUUAAUUUGUUUCAUUGUAAAGUUACGAAUAUUUUCAUUGUUCUAUUUUAGACUGCUAGAGAAUCUUAAAGUUUGCAACUUUUCCCGUUUUGGGUUUGGAUUUCCUUCAUUGACCGGACUUUUCAUAACUGUGAAGUCGAUCGAGCUCCUCCUCCUCUGCCUAACCUGUGAUUUUUUGCAGAACUUCAGAGUUUGAUGAUCUUUAGGGUUUACAUUCUUAAUUUGUUGUAGAAAUAUUUGAAAAAAACAUGGUUGCAAAAGAACUCAAGAAACCUUCCAUAGGAUCUCCAAAAGUGGAAGUUGGAGAAAUAGACACAAGUGCACCGUUUCAGUCUGUCAAAGAUGCUGUCAACUUGUUCGGUGAAGGUGCUUUCUCAGGGGAAAGAAAUCCAAUCAAGAAGCCAAAACCUCAUUAUGCAGAGAGAGUACUGGCGAAGGAAACACAACUUCACUUGGCACAGAAAGAGAUAGACAAAUUAGAGGAACGACUGAAGAAUGCUGAAACAACAAAGUCCCAAGCACUCAUAGAGCUUGAGAGAGCCAAAAUAGCCGUCGAGGAACUGACCUCAAAGCUUAAAGUCAUUUCUGAAACAAAGGAUUCUGCAGUUAAGGCCGCUGAAGCAGCAAAGAAUCAGGUUGAGAGCAGCUACUGUAAAGUGAACAGUGAUGAAUCUUGGAAGAUGGACUUGGAAACAUCAAGAGAUCAAUACAAGUCUGCAUUAACUGAUCUUGAUGCAGCAAAGCAAGAACUGAGUAAACUGCGUCAAGAUUAUAUUGCUUCUGCCAAUGAAAUGUACACAGCUGUGAAUAAAGAGGCAGAAGCUGACCAAUCUGUCAGAUCCAACAGUGAAAAGGCCAUGGAGCUUUCCAAGGAAGUAUUGGUUGUGCAGGAAUCGAUUGAGCAGAUAAAACUUGCCAGUAUACAGGUACAGGCAGAAGAGGCUGAAAUCCAUGUGGAGAAGGAUGAUCAGAAACAGUUGUUCAAAUCCAGUCUUGAAGAGUCAGCUAAGAAGUUGGCUUCUUUAAGAAAUGAGACCAAUCCCCACUUGAAAAAUGAUCUGGAAACUCGGCUAGCAGAGAUAGAAUUGCUACAAAAAGCGAUGCAAACCGCAAGGUCUUCGGAUCUCGAUUCUGUUCGGGCUGUUACCAUGGAAUUGGAUGAUGCCAAGGGAUCACUUAAUAAGGUAGUAGAAGAAGAAACCUCAUUGAGAGUGCUGCUGGAAAAUCUCAAACUCGAGCUGGAGAAUGUAAAGAAGGAGCACUCUGAACUGAAGGAGAAGGAAUUAGAAACUGAAACCCUUGCAGGGAAUCUCCACGACCAGCUAAGGAAAGCCAAGUCAGAGCUAGAAGCAGCACUUGAAGAAGAAUCAGAAGUCAGAGGGGCUUCUGGAGAAAUGAUCAAUACCCUCCAACAGCUACGAUCAGAGUGUGAAAAUGCUAAAACUGAAUCUCAAGAAAUGAAAGCACUAGUGGAAGUGAUAAAGAAAGAAGGGGAAACCAUUAGAACUGCACUGGAAGAGGCUGAGAAAAAACUUGAAAUUGCACUGGAAGAGGCUGAAGCUGCAAAGGCAGCCGAAGCGGAGGCUCUUGAUCAAAUCAGGAUUUUGUCAGAGAGAACUGUUGCUGCUCGUGCCUCAACUUCCGAAUCUGGUGCUAGGGUCACUCUGUCUAAAGACGAAUUUGAUGCACUGAGUAGGAAAGUUGAAGAGUCAGAGAGGCUGUCAGUGAUGAAAGUUGAAGCUGCAAUGGCUCAGGUGGAUGCCGUGAGAGCAAGCGAGAACGAGGCGGUCAAGAAGUUGGAGGCUAUGCAGAAAGAGAUAAGUGAGGUAAGAGCUGCCACUCAAGAGGCGUUGAAGAGGGCAGAUAUGGCCGAAGCAGCAAAAAGGGCUGUGGAGGGAGAGAUGCGGAGGUUGCGGGAAAGGGAACAAAAUAAACCAGCAGCCGCAGCGUCUCGUAAUCUGGCAGAGACAAUGGUCAGUGAGCCAGGAAGGAGAAAGAACCCCAAAGUGUUGAUGCCUAACCUCAGUGGGAUGUUUCAUAAGAGGGUAAACCAAGUUGAGGGUGGCUCUCCUUCUUAUCUGCCCGGGGAGAAACCUGUCUGGUGAGGGAGAUCUACUUAUUAGUGGGUGGGUGGUUGAGUAUAUACCUCAAACUUGUCUUGCUUUUUAUUAUUAUUAUACUUUUUUAUUACAUUCUGGCUGGAUGUAUGUAUGAUGCUUGAUAAUUUUAGGCCAAGUGCAUCUUUGAAGAUGUUAAUGUUGUCCUGGUAACAAACUCCCCAAGGAAAUCCAACUUCCAGGAUGUUUGACAUGUGAUCUGCUUCAUUCUUCAAAGCAAAUUCUAUGUUGUACCCAAUCUUGUCAACAUAGACAAAAUAGUAUAUUACGAAGAGUUGAUUCAAGCAUAAGGAAAUGGUGACAUUGUCCAAUGAUAAGAAUUUG